CCUGGCUCCGCGAAGUCGGGGGUCAGAGGUCAGAGUCGGCGGGUGAUCACCGGAGGGGGUUUCUCGGUUCCUCUGGAGUAAACACAUUGAGAACAAGCAGCUUUUUCAGAAGAACUGGAAACAUUUGGAUCAUGGAUUAUUACAGCCUUUGCACUUCUUAAGCAUUUGUGGUGUUUGACUUGGUCUGCUAUUGCUUUCAGCUGAAAAUGUGUUGCUGGUCAAAGCACAGCAGGCCAGGCAGCAUCUCAGGAAUAGGGAAUUCGACGUUUCGAGCAUAAGCCCUUCAUCAGGAAUUGCUUUCUCCUUUUGAGUCUUAAUACAAGUGCAAAUCCACCAAAUCUUUUGAGAAAAUGGAGAGUCCUUCCUAUAUUAAGGAAUGUUACAAUCACUGUCAAGCAAUUCUUCAGAAACUUUACGAACAGCGAGCUAUAGGUUUAUUUUGUGAUAUUGCAGUUGUUGUGGAGGGAAAGACUUUUCAUGCUCAUAAAAACAUCUUGUCUGCAUACAGCAGCUAUUUCUAUACAACCCUGAGCAAGAAUAACCAGGAAUGCACAGUUGUGCUAGAUACAGUGAGCCUGGAGGGUUUUAGCCAUUUGUUAGAAUAUUUUUAUACUUCUAAGGUCCCAGGUUGUCACAUGAAUGACUUCCUUUCAGCUGCUCAGAGUUUGAAUGUUUGUGUACCAGUAAAGCUUCACGUGGAGAAUAGUGGAAUUAAUGGUAAUGGCCAAAUAUCAGACAAGGAGAUCUGUAAAUUAAGGAAUGUUCUUGUAAGAAACCAAGAAGUGGAAGACCUAGAACUGCUUAAGAGAGUGAAGGAAGAUAAUUCUGUGCGGGCGGCGAGUCCAUCUUGCAAGACUGAAUUGAACAAUGAAUCAAUUGUUAACAAAAAGGUUCACAGACCAUGCUUGGCCGAAAUCAAAACUCGAUUGCAGACUGCCAGAUUAGCUAGAACAAUUGUUUCUAGCAGAAACCCCAGAUGUCUAAAGACCAGCCUAACUCGUGUGAAUGGGAGAGAAGAGAAUCAAGAUAUUAUUGCCAAAUCUGAAAAUUGUAAGGUUCCAUGUCAGUGGACGAAAGUGAGCUUAAGUGGAUCUCAGAGAGAGGCUGGACCUGAAAUACUAAAUAUUGCUGUGGGGGAGAGAGACUCAAAGAGUGGUAUACAUGAUAGUGUCAAAAAUAGCACCAGUGUUUUGCCAUCUUUGAGUAUGGAAUCUUCGCUACUGAUACAUUGUGGGAGGCCAAAACGAUCAAAGGGGAAACCACAGAAGGAUUCUGUAUUAAUAACCAAGAACCUUUCAGGAGAUGGAGAUGACAUUCUGGAAAGGAAACAACUGAGAUGUGAAGGUUGUAAUCUGCUGCUGCCAUAUACACUCUACCGCUCUCAUCAGGUUUCUGCUGGUGAGGAGUUGUUCAGGUGUAACAUGUGUGAGAAAUUGUUCAGUUACAGUUGUCAGCUUAGCCAACACCAGAAAACCCACCACAGCAAGAAAUCCUAUCAGUGUGACCAGUGUGGGAAACAACUCAAGUCCAUGGAAAAGCUCCGCGACCAUGUGGCAUACCAUGGGGAUGCUAGGCCCCAUCAGUGUAGCCUGUGUGACAAAGCAUAUAAAGUGAAAAAUGAUCUAACCCAGCACAUCCGUGUGAAGCAUAUGGAAGCAUCAAAGGGAAAACCACCCCUGGUGCAGUUGUGUGAAUUCUGCGGUCAGGCUGUAAAACACUACAAGAGCCACAAGAUUUUCUGCAGUGGCAUUAAAAAGUUCCAGUGCAAGUUCUGUCUGCAGGCGUUUUAUCGCUUGUCAGAGCUGAAGAGGCAUACAUGGACCCACACAGGGGAGCUGCCUUAUCAGUGCCGUGUCUGUGGAAAGCGUUGCCGUCAUCCAAGUAACCUCAAGAAACACAUUAGAACAGUUCACAAAGAGGAAAUCCGAGUGCAGAUCGACAAGGAGCAUGCCUCUCCGAAACUUCUCAAAGACUUUCUACCUCGAGAGAUGGAGAGUGAUUGCAUGGUUAAGGGAAGCGGUAACUUCGUGGACAGGACUGAUACUCGAUUGAGUGGAUCAACUAAUUCUACGAUAUCCUCUUUUGGAAAUGCCAUAACAAUCCCUGAUGCAGUGUCUAGCAUGCCACAUGUGGUCUGCACUGCUCCUGAUAAUCAUAAUGCUAUGAUCCCGCCUAUAUAUGCAACUGUCUCCACUGCUUCAGAACGACACCAUGAUAAGAUGAUUAGUCCACUUCCGUCUUUCAAGUCUCUCCUUACUAGCCCCCAUGUAGAUUUGCUGCAGAAUCCAUUUCACCAGACAGCAACCUUAGAGCAGAAGCACCAAUAACUUUGGAGAUUGAAUGAUGAACUGGGGGAAAUGCACAAGAAAUUAUCUGCCAGGUCUAUGCUUAAUAUAUUCUUCCUUUUGACUUAUGCAAACUGUGGCCUGCAAAUUGAUGGAACAGCUGAGACAUUUGUUGCACUUUCAUAUAAAAGUUCUGCUACUGCAUUAUAUUUAUUUGCAUUAAGUGUUUGUAUUGCAAAUACCGUGUUAAGAUACUGAAAGCAACAAAUGCUGAUGAUCACAGCGGGUCAGACAACAUCCAUGGAGAGAGAGCAAGCUAACGUUACGAGUCUGGAUGACUCUUCAUCAGAGCUGAAGUAUAAAGGUGAAGGGACAGAAUUUAUGCUAUUGUUUUCAGU